GGGUCGGAUCCUUCAGGUCCGGGUUCGGCGGGGGUGAGGGCGUGGCUGGCCGGGGCGUGGCGGGCGUGGGUGUUGCCGGGGGUGUGUCCCUGAGCAGCGGUCUUGGGGUGCCUGCAGCCUGGCAAGGAGAGCGUGCGCCCCUCGCGUGACAUGCGGGGAGUGGCCAGUAUGGGGUCCUGCGAACCUCGGGCCCUCCUGGGGCGCGGCGUGCUCUGCACAAAGCCCUGGCCUGGUGGAGGUCCGGCGGGGACUACAGCUGCUCGUGGGCGUCCCGCCCGGGGAAGGCCGCGCUCCAGGAACAGCCUGGCCUCCCAGGGCAGGCAAGGAGCAGUGACCUCGGGGCCUGCGCACAAAGCUCUGCUUUCCAGAGAUACCAACUUCCUCCAGGAGAUAAACCGCAAAGAGGAAGCUGCCCCUACAGGGACUAAACUUAAAGCCAAGUCUCAGGGCUUGGUGACAUUUGGGGAUGUGGCUGUAGUUUUCUCCCAGGAGGAGUGGGAAUGGCUCACCUCUGAGCAGAGGAGUCUGUACUGGAAGGUGAUGCUGGACAACUACAGGAACCUGGCAUCCCUGGGACUUUGUGCUUCUAAACCAGAUAUGAUUGCCUUGCUGGAACAAGGUACGGACCCCUGGAUGAUGGGAAGAGGCCGGUGCACAGACUUGAAGGCUGUGCAGGAGACCAAGGAGCUCCCUCCAAAGGACUUAAGUGAAGAAACAUCCCAGGCAGUGCUAAGAAGACGGCUCCUGCACCGUAGACCCAUGUGCUACAUGUCAGGGGCAUCCUGGGGUGGAGAUGCUGUGUUCAAGGCACAGAGGGGCUCAAAGACCAACUCGGAUAUGGCUAGAGAUAGUCCUCCAGAGCUUGUGUCAGCUCAGAAGAAUUUCCGUAAGAAUGCGACAUGGGAGAACUGUGAUGACCUGGGGCUCUUAGGUGUUUCUGAAACGCAUUUUAUCUCUUUAUUGGGGCAAGAGAAGGAGCCCUCAGGUACAGAGACAGCUAGCACCAACUUGUUCUCAGGCCAGCAGUCUGUACAGGAAGCCCAGGAUUCACUUCCAAGGCAGGACUCACAUGCUGGAAGGGUAACAGGCAGCACUUGGAGCACUGAACGUGCGUGCUCCGCCUUCAGAGGAGAUCGGGAUUCUGAGUGUGUGUUUGAAAGGAAUGGGCAGGACACAGCAUUUGAGAGCCAGAACAGAGCCUUCUCAGAGGGGAGAGAUGGCGUGUGUCUCAACUCUGGAAGAUGGUUUCAUUUGAACAGUUCGGAAGAGAGAAGUCAUAAUUGUGACUCAGGUAAAACUUCCCUCCCAAAUCCAACAGUCAUAAAAGAAACCAGAAUCUAUUCAGGAAAAAAACUUUUCAAAUGUAAUGAAUGUAAGAAAACUUUCACCCAGAGCUCAUCCCUUACUGUUCACCAGAGAAUCCAUACUGGAGAGAAGCCCUAUAAAUGCAAUGAGUGUGGGAAGGCCUUCAGUGAUGGUUCCUCCUUCGCACGACACCAGAGGUGCCAUACAGGCAAGAAGCCGUAUGAGUGCCUGGAGUGUGGCAAAGCUUUCAUUCAGAACACCUCGCUAGUCCGUCACUGGAGGUACUAUCACACUGGGGAGAAACCCUUCGACUGCAUCGACUGUGGGAAAGCCUUCAGUGACCACAUAGGACUCAAUCAACACAGGCGGAUUCACACCGGAGAAAAGCCGUACACGUGUGACGUGUGCCACAAGUCCUUUAGGUAUGGCUCAUCCCUCACUGUGCACCAAAGGAUUCAUACUGGAGAGAAACCGUACGAGUGUGAGAUUUGCAGAAAAGCCUUCAGCCACCACGCGUCCCUCACUCAGCAUCAGAGAGUGCAUUCUGGAGAAAAGCCUUUUAAAUGUAAAGAGUGUGGGAAAGCGUUUAGGCAGAAUAUACAUCUUGCUAGUCAUUUGAGGAUCCAUACCGGGGAGAAGCCCUUUGAGUGUGGGGAUUGUGGGAAGUCUUUCAGCAUCAGUUCUCAGCUUGCCACGCAUCAGAGAAUUCAUACAGGAGAGAAGCCUUAUGAAUGUAAGGUUUGUAAUAAAGCAUUUACUCAGAAGGCUCACCUUGCACAACAUCAGAAGACUCAUACCGGGGAGAAGCCAUACGAGUGUAAGGAAUGUGGCAAGGCCUUCAGCCAGACCACUCACCUCAUUCAACAUCAGAGGGUUCAUACCGGAGAGAAGCCCUAUAAAUGCCUAGAAUGUGGGAAGGCGUUUGGUGACAACUCAUCUUGUACUCAACAUCAGAGACUUCACACUGGCCAGAGACCUUAUGAGUGUGUGGAAUGUGGGAAGGCAUUCAAGACCAAGUCGUCCCUUAUCUGUCAUCGUAGAUGUCACACAGGAGAGAAACCUUACGAGUGCAGUGCAUGUGGCAAAGCCUUUAGCCAUCGUCAGUCCCUUAGUGUACAUCAGAGAAUUCAUUCUGGGAAGAAGCCGUAUGAAUGUAAGGAGUGUAGGAAAACCUUCAUUCAGAUUGGACACCUCAACCAACACAAGAGAGUCCAUGCCGGAGAGAGAACGUAUAACUGCAGGAAGGGCAGGAGGGCCUUCAGGCAGAUUGCACGUUUUGCCCACCAUCAGCGGAUUCAUUCUGGAGAGUUACCAGCUCACCCUACUUUGCCUUCCACAUCGAAUCCUGUGGAUCUCUUCUCCAAGUUCGUCUGGAAUCCAUCCUCACUGUCAUCGUCAUAGUCUUAAAACCUCACUAUUUCCACCACAACGCAUCUCACUGCCCCUUUGUUCAUUUUUGUUGCUUAUAAGCCCUUUAUGUUACAACCAUGUUGGGUUAUUUUUGGAGUGUAAAUGUAAUUAAUUUGAUCACAUAAAACUUAUAUUCACUGGUUAAAGCCUAUCUUAGCACAGUGCCUGAUCCAUACCAAGUAUUCAGCAAACUUGGGUCUUUUGAAAUUUAUUUUUGAAAAUGGAAAAUUUUUGUAAUCAGCUCUGAUAGAAACAAUGCAAUAGAACAAGAUUAGGAGAAACCAGAGUUUAGAACAGGAAAGAAGUUCUCUAGGUUGGUAAUGAGAUUGGCUUCUUUUCCUUGAAAACUUGGUUCUAAGCCAGGGGUAUGGUGGGCUUACCUGCAAUGCUAGAGUUCAUGAAUUCAAGGCCGAUCCUGCAACUUAGCGAGACCCUAUCCAAAUAAAAAUGAAACAGCUGGUCCUACAGUGCUGAGUGGUAUUGUGGCUGUGGAUUUGAACUAUGUGAAUGUAAGGUAAGGACAGUGAGUGAGGAAGUUCUCCUGUACACUUGGCAAUAUCCUUAAGGACAGACAGCAUAAGUGUAUGUAGGCUACUUGGAACAAAUGAAUCAAAAUAAUUGGAAAAUACAAGAUUUUAUAUUCAUGAAGUUAAAACUACCAACAAAUAAGAAAGAAAAUCGAAGGGUUUGAUCUAUUUAAAAGUCACUGCUUUGUGAAUGCAUUCUUGGUAUACUUGCAAAGGAGUAUGAGCUCUGGGGUAAACCGAUCUACAGUAGAGGCAGCAAACCGACUUACAGUCAGAGCUUCACCGACUCUUUUCAUAGGGCCCAUAAUCUAAAUUCCUGAAAAUACCUUUAUGUAGCUUUAAAUUGGACAAAUAUUUUCAACAUGAUAAUUAUGUGAAGUUUACAUUUCACUGUCUGAAGGUGAAGCAUUGGCAUGAAGACACAUACUCACUUACAUACUUUUUGUGGUGCUUCUGUCUACAAACGGGAAAUUGUUCUGUGGUGAAGACCAUUUGAUUCAGAGAGGAAAAAAAGACGAUACCUGAAUCUUUAUGGAAAAUGCCUGCUGAACUGUGCAAAAACAGUUUGUUCUGUUUUUGAAAAUAGAGUUUUACUGAGCCACACCCAGUCAUUGGUUUACCCAUGGUCUUUGGCUGUUUGCUUACAGUGUCAGGAUUGAGUCGCUACACUGGGGACUGUCUGGCCCUAUAGAGACACAGACAGAGCUAAAGAAUGGAGGAGAAUGGACAGAGCUUUCUAACCCCACAGCAGUAAUAAGCCCUGACGGAAACCAAACCAAACCAAACAAGCCAAGCAACCAACAACAAAGCCCAAGAAUAGGCCAGUGCGGUGGCUCAGCCGGUAAAGGCUCUCUUGCCAUCUGAUGACCUGAGGUGGAUGCUCGUAGCUCUAGUGGUAGAAGGAGAAAUCUCACUAGGAGAGUCCUCCAACCUUCACACAAGCGCUAUCACAUGCGUACCCCAAGCACAUACAACACAUAUUUAAAAUACAACUUAUAAAGCAAUUUAUAAAGAGGUAAAAUUAUUAAAUGAAAUAAAAGCCUAUAAUAGAGAAAUAUAUGUAGAAGAAGUAUUAUUAAAAUGUUUAUAAAUUAUCUUUUCAAAACGGUCUCAUAAAGGUAUGUGGACAACUUCAGGAAAUAAUUAGGCAAAAUCAUAAAGAUUAUUUUUUUAGAAAGAUCUGUUUAUUUAUUUGUUGAUUGAUUUAUUUAUUUUGAGGCAGAGUCUUUCUUUUUAGCCUUGGCUAUCUUGGAACUUGCUAUAUAGACUAGGCUAUCUCUGAGUUCACAGAAAUCUGUCUGCCUCUGCCUCCCAAGUACUGGGAUUAAAGGCAUGUACCACCAGGCUUGGCUGUUUAUUUAUUUAUUUAUAUAUGUGGUGUGUGUGUGUGUGUGUACACCACGUGUGUUUGUGUACCCACAGAAGCCAGAAGAGAGCACUGGAUCCUCAAGAGAACAAUUCAGAACAGGAAUUUUAAAAAAAUAUGCCAAUCCAAUCCAAAGAUAUUUAAUACAUGCUGAGGAAUGACAGGAGGAAAAUACUGUCUCAUUUUAUGUUAAGAGCAGCAAGCUUUGUAUCUGUAGUAUAGAUGCUGCAACUCAUAGCAUUCAAGUCUCAGUCAAGGUGGUCCAGGGAGCCUUUGUUGGCACUGUGUGGCGUAGCAACAUCCACACAGCGAAGUACACAAGUUACACAGCCAAGGCUGCAGCGGAGCUGUAAUGCAAAAUUGGAGAUUGCUACCAGAAAAGCCUCAGGCUCAUUACGUGUUGAAAUCUGAAUUUUUAGUUGUACAUUCAGGAGCUUAUUGUUUGCAUUUUUUCAGUGUUUAUAUUCAGUGAGGCAGCUUAAGAAGCUGUAAUUUAGAGUUCACUGGGGCUUAUGGUAUAUGGAUUGUUGGGGACACACUUGACUCUGUCUGUGCCUUUAGGGGCUGGAGAAAUCAGCUCCCAUAGUUGCACACUCGGGGUAUGCCUUGAGUGUUCAAAACAACCCAUGCUUACAUAAAGGUAGUCUAAUUUGAGUUUUUUGACUGAUGAUUCUUUUGCUUAAAGUAGCCAGGCAGCAAGAGAGGGAGAGGGGAGAGACUGAAGCUGCCAUCUGGAAGCUUGAACCACUCCACCAAACAUGUUUGCCUAGUAACAAGAAAUGAAGAACACUAGAGGUGCUGCUAUGAAUUUUAACAACCUUACAUUAAUAGUUGUAAUGGCUUUUGUUUGUAUGUUUGUUUAUUUUUGAGACAGGAGCUCUACAUAGCCCUAGCUGUCCUGGAACUCACUAUGUAGGCCAGGCUUGGCUCAAACUCAGAGAUCAGCCUGUCCAAUUUAUCUCCUGAGUACUGGGUUUAAAGGUUUGUGCCACCAUGGCCAGCGAGUAGUGACUUUAAGAGUAUGCUUUAAGGGGUUGGGGAUUUAGCUCAGUGGUAGAGCACUUGCCUAGGAAGCGCAAGGCCCUGGGUUCGGUCCCCAGCUCUGAAAAAAAGAACCAAAAAAAAAAAAAAAAAAAAAAAAGAGUAUGCUUUAAUUACACCGAACAUCUGCCUUAUCUGUUCCGAAGCUCCUAUGUGUCAAACACUCUUUUGUCAUUGAACAUAAAGUCCUGAAUAGGGUGAAGAUGUGUAGUCUUGGAAUGUUCAGCCUUGUAGACGCAGGUAGACACGGGGUUAAGGUGGGUUAUGUCAGGAAGCUAAAGCAUGUAAUUGGUUACACAUUGAAAUCACAAGUACACAAAUCAAAAUCAAAUAUUUUUAUCCUAUCUUUUUCUGUGUCCCUGAUGCUUUCUAAAUCUCACUCGCUGCUCUCAGCUAUUUUCCACUGCAGAAGCCACAGAUGCCUCCUUGGCUUUAAAGCUUCUCAUUUUAGUUAUAUCCAGUCCUCAUCUUCCCAAGCUGAUAGUCACCCCUGAGCCGGUGCUCUACGGUCCGCCUGAACUUCUGGAUCCAGACACGAGGCCGAGAGGUUUCUAAUGACUGUAUUCUAAAACGGAGGACAUCAACUAGGGAAAAGAGCCGCGACCAAUUGACCUACUGGAAAGGCUUCUUGUCAUUCUCUUGUGAAAAUCUUGAUCUAGACUCACCUAGCGAGGACUACAUAUCCCAAGUGCCAUUGCGAGGGGCAACUCACCCACCUCCGGUAUAAACCGGAAAUCACUGACGCUUCAGCCCAGUCUUGGUGGAAAUGGGCUGGAAAUUGGAUAGGUCUGGGAAAACUUCCAGGAGCGAUGUCUUGAUCCGCGCAAGUGUGGUCUGGCAUCCGUGAUAAAGACUCUGAAGCACAAAGGGGGCAAGUAAUCACCAGGAGGUGAAAGGCAGGAUUAAGAAUCAGCAAAUGAUGACUCCAGUGUCCCCCCACUUUUCUUGCUGUCAUGAAAUCUCCUCAGGGCCUGUAUAAGGUAGGUAUUUUUUAAUACCCUUUGACAGCUGUUCCAGAUGGUUAAGUAACAUCAAGAGUUCAGACUUCAAACUUCACUCCAUGAGUUUUUGUCUUUUAUGACUGUAAUGGUUUGUAUAUGCUCGGCUCAGGGAGUGGCACUAUUAGAAGGUGUGGCCCUGUUGGAGUAGAUGUGUCACUGAGGUUGUGGGCUUUAAGACCCUCAUCCUAGAUGCCCGGAGGUCAGUAUUCUGCUAGCAGCCUUCAGAUGAAGAUGUAGAACUCUCAGCUCCUCUUGCACCAUGCCUGCCUGGAUGCUGCUAUGUUCCUGCCUUGAUGAUGAUGGACUGAACCUCUGAGCCUGUAAGCAGCCCCAAUUAAACGUCCUUAUAAGAGUU